AUGCUGAAUAGGUUUCUGGGCCCCUGCUACCCGCAGCUGGCCAAGAACAGGAUCACCACAGUUGGCAUGUGGGGUGCUGUGGGCACCAUGGGGCUGGUUUGGCCCACUGACUGGCAGCUGAUCCUGGACUGGGUCCCCUACAUCAACAGCAAGUUUAAGGACAACUGA